AUGAAUCACAAGAACAUCACUCUUGUAUCAGAAUUCUUGCUCCGUGGCUUCUCAUCCAACCCAGAGGUUGAAAAACUUCUCUUCCCAUUUUUCCUCUCCAUGUAUCUCCUCACCCUCCUGGGGAACAUAACGAUAAUCUUGUUGAUCCGCUCUGAUACGCAGCUCCGCCAGACCCCCAUGUACUUCUUCCUCAGCCACCUCGCAGUAGCUGAUUUGGCUUUUGCCAGCACCGUCACCCCCAAGGUACUUGAGAAUAUAAUCUCCCGAAAGAAGACCAUCUCCUACUAUGGCUGCUUGGCCCAGAUGUUUGCAAACAUACAUAUCGGCAAUGCAGAUAGCUACCUUUUGGCUUCCAUGGCCUAUGACCGCUACGUGGCCAUCUGCUGCCCACUGAACUAUUCCACCAUCAUGAGCCACAAACGUUGCCUCCAAUUGGCCACAACAUCCUGGACGAUCACCAUGUUCCACGCCACACUUUAUACCUUUUUGAUGUCCCGCGUUGAAUUCUGCGACCCUGGGGAAAUCCCUCAUUUUUACUGUGACCUUUAUCCGAUUCUGGAUAUCUCUUGCUCUGACAGCAAAGUCAUAGAUCUAGUCUUGCUGACUGAGGGGGUGGUGGAGAUUUUGGGGCCCUUUGUUCUCAUUAUCAUUUCCUAUAUGUUCAUCUUCUACACCAUCAUAAGGAUCCCAUCGGCCACUGGGAAGCGCAAGGCCUUCUCCACAUGCGGAUCCCACAUUUGUGUGGUGGUCAUGUACUUUGGUGGUAUCAGCUUUGUUUAUUUCAAACCAAAUUCUAAUCUUGCAGAACGCCAAGAUACCUGGGCCGCUAUGGUAUAUACCAUGGUCAACCCCAUGGUCAACCCCUUCAUCUACACCCUCAGGAACAGUGAGAUGAAGGCAGCCCUGAAAAGAGUAAUUAAGAAGCAUUUUUGUUAA